AUGUCUGGCGUCAACACUUCUACAUCCGUCCUAGACUCGGCGGCUGGGCGUAUCCUAUGCAUCGCCGACGUCCGUGGUCAUCUUUCCACCCUCAAUCACCUCGCACGUGAUGCUCGCGCGGUGGCUAUCAUCCACACAGGCGACUUUGGCUUUUUUGAACCAUCUAGUGUCGACCGACCCUCCGCCACCUCGUCUCGUACUCUCCCCUCAUCUCCCAAGACGACCGCCCUACACAUUAUCGACGAGGCUACCACCCGGCGAAUCGACGUCGGCGGUGUGUCCUUGCGCUUACUGGGCUUGGGGGGUGCCUUGGUCCCGCACAAAUUGUUCGACAAUGGCGAGGGCCGCGCGACGAUUGCAGGUGGCCAAGGAACCAUGUGGACCACCGUUCUUCAAAUUGGUGAAUUACUGGAUACCGCUCGAAGAGUCUACGACGCAUCUGAAACUCGUUUGCUCGUCACCCAUGCGAGCCCUGGGCGAGAGGGUAUUCUCGCCCAACUCGCCCUUGCCACUCGAGCGGAUUUAACCGUCUCGGCCGGGUUGCAUUUCCGUCAUGCGAGCAGCUACAACGAGUUUAGCGUGCAGGAGGAUAUGGAUGGGUUUAGAACCAAGUUGGUCAAGGGGAAGGAGACGUUUGAUCGCGUAUGGGAGAGUGUCAAGGCCCAGGUCGAGACUGUGGUCGAUGAGCGACAACGUAUCCUGCUCGAAUCCACACUCGGGAUGAUCGAGCGUAUCCCACCCCCCGUUCCUCCAGCUGGUCCAAACCCAACGGGCCCGAUCCCAGGAGAAGAACCAGCAUGGAAAAACUGCUGGAACUGGAACCUCUGCGACGCAUCGUACGGAUCUCUCGUUCUCGAAGUCAAAGACGGACGAAUCAGCGCCGAAUUGAAGAGUCAAGGAUUUAAUUACGGGUACCGCAAAAACUCUCAACCCGCCCAGGCCCAACCUGCUGUCAACGCGAGCGGAACCAAGCCGCCUACGACUACAGGAUCCCCUGCCCCUGGUCCCAAGCCAAAAUCGGCACCUGGGACUAAACCCGGAACCCCUGCUCCUCUUCCUUCUGCCGCUCCUGCGACGAAACCUACUACACCCGCCCCUGCUGGGGUUUCUAAACCCGGUACACCCAUCAACGGUAGAAAGGGCAAGAGAGCAAGCAUCGAUGGUGUCGAGAGUCCGACGGUCGAGGAGAGUGGGUUACCUGAUGAAUCCAAAGAGGUUAAACCCUCCGACUCGAACUUGGAUUCUAUCAAGUCUCAGGAUGGAAGAAGUACGGGCGCACAGACUCCGCCAACCGGUCCCAGAAGACACCCAUGGACAAUCUACAUGCGUCCCCUCCCGAUUCCCGUAACCGAAGACGAAAUCAGGACGUUUUUCGGUGAUUCUGCCGGCUUGAUCACUAACAUCAAGAUCCCGAUCGACUUUAAGAACCCGGCCCAGCCUCAACGCGGGUUCGCAUAUGUCGAGUUUGCGGAUGAGGAAGGUAUGAAAGUCGCAUGGACAAACACGGCGAGACCAUCCAAUCCGUGCGGCCGAGCGUCGAAAUCUCCAACCCGACGGACCACUCGUCCACGCGCGGCUCGUUCCGCGGGCGAGGCGGCGGACCUAACAGGGGAGGCGGACAACAGGAAAAGACGGGUCCCGCAGGCGCUGGCUGCUGCUACGGGAAAGGGCCCGGCCAGGGGACAGGCUGGAGGUCCUAAAAAGGAUUAG